AGAAGAACGCCAUCUACCGCUCUAGCGCUGUCUUGUCCGCAGCCACUUGCCCUCAUCAACGGCUCGCGACCUCAAUUAACGUUUUGCCUAGUCUACACGUGGUUUCUCGUGCUUCCACUGCCGUUGAGUCAGUCUUGCGUCUUCCGCUGCGGGUGUCGAUCAAACGGGUAAUUGACCGUCUUCAUGCUGUGUCUGUUCAUCCACAAGUCGGAUCCGAAAGGCCCAACCCGCAGAAUCUACCAGAGACCAGUGCAGAAAUGGGAUGAAGCGGGUCCCAUGCAACCACAGCGUGCAAUUGUCCGUGGAACAAGUCUUGUUGGCUGACUCGGCCAUCCACACCAAAAUGGCCAAGCUUAUCGGAAAAGCCGAGCGACCACAAGAUGUAUCAUGCUCGUCCGGUUGAGGAAGGCAGAUGCAGUAUACUGCCAAUGAACGGGAUUCCGGGAGCGAUUCGGCGGCAUCGUGUGGGAUCGACUUCAAGCCGAUCUCCGUCCAACCUGGAGGAUCAUCACACUCCGACUUGGGAGUGGUAAGAAGGGGCCUUGGGGCUGCAGAUACGGCUUCAUCCUCUGCGACCUGCCUUGGUCGGAUGACGGCGAGUGAGCGGCGAAACAUGUUGCCCAUUCCAAAUCGACGACUUGGCCAGGGCUCAUGCAGUCCAGCGUUGGAUCUUGAUCGCGUCCCACACGAUUGGAGUGUUUCACACUUAUUUUCAAACAUGUCCAAGACGGCCCAUCCUGGUGUCGGGGAAACCACUCCUCAGACCAAUCCCCCAGCGCAGAUCCAUCAUCCGCGCCGAGGUUCUGCCUUAAUACGCUUCCGUUGGCCCAGGGCCAUCUCGUCUUUCCGGCUCGUUCAAGGGCGGGGUACGCAAGUAUGUACGCAAGUAUGCUCGAUGGUCGAGGCAUCCCAUAUUGUUGCGCGCGUUUGGGAGAUCCGCUGUGUCAGGCAAGUCACUGAUGGCGCCUCUUGGAUCAGACGACAUGCUGAUCAGGUAACCUUGUCGCACAGACGAGCGGGCUGCUUCUGGACGGCCGCGCAGCCCGCUGUACGAGUUCUGUCAAAGUCGUCAAAUCGAGCUCACAGACACGAGCAGGGCGCCACAAGCGGCGAAUCCUCUUAUCGCGGCGGCCGAUUCAUUCCCAUAUGGGACGGAUACAGAAGGUGAAGAAGGGAAUUUUUGUUUCAAAAGUCUGUGCUCUCUCUCUCUCUCUCUCUCUCGUUCACAGUACAGGGCAACAGACCGAUGUCACCAUAUGU